CAAGAUAAAUCAAUGUUAAACGAGCUUGUCUCAGACGGCAUCGUUUUGUGUUCCCAUGAUAACAUAUAAAGUGGUAACAUAAUAAAGUUCAAACACAUUAUCACACUAAUAUAGUAAUAUACUUCAACCCAAAGUAUCAAAAAAUGGCGAAUGAGAGUAGUAUUCUUGGACUCGCAAUCACCGAACUACGACUAGGUCUUCCCGGAGAUGAUACCAUCGUAUCCGGGAAGAAGAGGGUUUCUCCGGAAGUUGAGAGAGACUUGAAAUGUGAACCGGCUACAAAGAGUCAAGUUGUGGGUUGGCCACCGAUUUGCUCGUACCGGAGAAAGAACAGUCUCGAACAGACCAAAAGUACGUACGUGAAAGUGAGUGUAGACGGAGCUGCAUUUUUAAGGAAGAUUGAUUUGGAAAUGUACGAAUGUUACCAAGAUCUCGCUUCCGCUCUGCAGAGUCUAUUCGGAUGCUCUCUCAAUUUUGUGUUUAUGUAUGGAAAUGAAGAUGAUACUUUAAAGGAAAGUGAAUGCGUACCAAUAUAUGAGGAUAGAGAUGGAGACUGGAUGCUUGCGGGAGACGUUCCUUGGGAAAUGUUCCUUGGAUCAUGCAAGAGGUUAAGGAUUAUGAAGAGAUCAUGUAACAGAGGAUGAAUGGUUUUUUUAUAUAGUCACAUGUGAAUGUGAGUGAGCCUUAGAGAAAUCUCUAGACAAGACAAAAUAUGUUUCAUCAUCACAUAGUACUCUACUCAAUAUGUCUCUUCGGAAGUCUAAUAAAGUUUCCGAAAUUUUUGAAUUGACAUUCUAUAGAAGUUGUUUUCUUUUACAUAAAUUUA